AACCUAACACGACAGACAAAACAUGAAUGACUUGCACCAACUUUACUUGUUCAGAAAGUAUUUUUCUAUUAGGAAGCUUUAUAACCUAAUUGUUAUGCGUUAAUUAAAAAAAUAGAAAUAAAAUAUAGAAACCUAAGUGGGUUCUUGACUAACUCCACAUGUAAAUUGUAAAUUGAUAACUUAAAAAACGUACGUUGCUUUUGUAUUGUUUUAUAAAGAGACAAUCGUUACGUUAAUUUCCUUAAAAAACUUAUUAAAGACGUUACAGUUACAGUGAUAAAGAAAAUAGAGACAACUCUUGUUCGACAGACCAAACUCAAAUCACGUUGCCACCGUUGAGAAUAACAAGAAAGAAAUGGAACCAACAGCUGCAACGGCCGCCGCAGCCGCUUAUGGAAACCGUUUCCGAGACGCAGCUGCGGUGAAAGGUUACAGCGACGAUUCAGCAGCUGAUCAGACAAACGAUUACCAGAUGAAGAUAAAGAAAAGCGAAAGCGUUCCAACCGGGGAUGGUGCAGCGUCAAGGAGCUGGAGUUUCAGCGAUCCGGAAUCACGUAGGAAGAGAAGAGUAGCUGGCUAUAAGGUUUACUCAGUUAAACAGAAGAUGAAGGGAACCAUUAGAAAAAGUUUUAAAUGGUUCAGAAACAUUAUAGGUACUUCUUGAAAUAUUGCGAAUUUCUUUCUCAAUAUAUAUAUAUAUAUAUAUGUAAAACGGUGAAUCCGUCUGUGUUGAGUUUGCUAAAUAUCUGUAAUACAUACAAGAAAAACAAGAAUUGAGUUUUCGUUCGUAAGA